AUGACUGAACGCGAGAAUAAAACAAAAAAAUCUGCUACAAAUGUUCUCGCCGACUUCCAGUUCGUCGAUUUCUCUGUUUCUGAAUUGCCUACGAUUCUUGCAAGGGAGUUCGAUUUGGAAGAUGAUCAGCCGGAUUCUCAGAAAAAACGGCCCAAGAUUGGAGAAGAGGAUGACAGUCGUUAUUCAUCUGGAUUCAAACAGUUCGUAGUAAGGGAACUGAUCAAGAUCAAGGCUCAAUUGGACAACAUACAACAGGGUCAACAACAACUUGUAUCGAAGAUCGAAGUAGUAGAAAUUGAACCAAAAGAGGCAAACGCGAUGGAUAGAUUCAUGGAGGAAUACUCGCUCAAUUUGCCUUUCAAAUCUGUGACAGAAUUUGAGCAUUUUGAUUUAACUUUGAGAGCUAAUCCGAUUGCCAGAAACAAAUUCAUGAACUCGCUACUCGACCUUUUCGACAGAAACCACAUUGCAACAAAGACCCUCGUGACCAUUAUGAAGAAAUACAUGUCCCGGGAUGUUGCUUUAAGUUAUACAGCUGUAAAACCGGUGAAGGACAAACUUGUCCUGAAAGGAACGACUUUCUGCAAAUGUGUCAUAAAUGUCCUUUUAAAGAACCACGUCGAUAAGGUAACUGGGAACAAGGCCACCGAGCAAACCUUAUUAUCAGCUCUAGGAUCUGUUCUUGCGAAUGCCAAGGACUGGGAAGGCUACAGAGCCCGAAGAUUUAAAUCUUCAAUGCAGAGAGAUGACAACGAGUCCUCGAAUUAAUUACAUUAAUUAUU